AGCGUCCGGGAUUGGGGCUGCGACCGAGCAGCUCCUGCACUGCAGAAGGGGUCGGGACCGAGCCGCUUUUUCGCUGAAGAAGGGGUCGUGGAUCGAGCUGCUUCUGAACCGGGGAACGUGUGGAACGGGGGUUAGGCUCGGGCCGCCACCGCCGCACGAGAGAGCCCAGGCACCGCCGUUCGGCACUGGGGAGUCCCACUAGGGAAGCCUUGACCAGCGCGCGGCACCGACAGAGCCGCAGAGGUGCCCGAGUCCCGCCGCGAGCGGGACUGCGGGAAGGAACUAGCGCGGCCCGGUGCGGCGCCGCUCGGGAGCGGGAGCCGCGUCCAGUGGCGGCCAGAGGCCGGUGUGCUCGUCCGUGACCCGGGAGUCGCUAUGGCCUCACAGAACGCCGACCCCGCCGCCGUGUCUAGCGCAGCUGCCCGCAAAGCGGCCGAGACCGGGGCCACGGCGGCCCGAGGAGCGGUGGGGAAGAGGUUGCAGCAAGAACUGAUGGCGCUGAUGAUGUCCGGUGACAAAGGCAUUUCUGCCUUCCCCGAGUCCGACAACCUAUUCAAGUGGAUCGGGACCAUUGACGGCGCCGCCGGGACGGCCUAUGAGGAGCUGCGGUACAAGCUGUCGCUGGAGUUCCCCAGUGGGUACCCCUACACAGCACCCACCGUGCGAUUCCUGACCCCCUGUUACCACCCCAACGUCGACACCCAGGGCAACAUCUGCCUCGACAUCCUCAAGGAAAAGUGGUCAGCGCUGUAUGAUGUCCGCACCAUCCUGCUUUCCAUACAGAGCCUGCUGGCAGAGCCGAACAUCGAGAGCCCUCUGAACACACAUGCUGCUGAGCUCUGGAAGAACCAAGUCGCCUACAAGAAGUAUGUGCGGGAGACGUACAACAAGCAGACCAAGAGCCAGGAGACCUGACCAUCACCACUGCCCCCCAACCUACCCACUCCCUCCCAGCCAUCCCCCAUGUUCUGUAUCAUAGGCUGUUUUUAAAUUAAUGUUGCAGUCCGAGCCACGGUUAAUGUAU